AUGGCAGAGAAGGAGCAACAACCAGGGUAUAACUCGGCAGCACCAUAUAAUUAUGGCCGAGCAGACGAAGAGGCACAAACUAAAGAACUUAAACGCCAGAAACGCAAGAAACUUAUUCUAUAUAUUGCUGCGUUCGCUGUAUUCCAAACCAUUGUUAUAGUGAUCUUUUCACUCACUGUCAUGAAGGUCAAAACUCCCAAGUUCCGCGUUCGUACUGCCUCAUUUGAGACAUUUAGUGUCACAGCAUCAUCAUUUGACAUGAGAAUGAAUGCUCGACUUGGUGUCAAGAACACCAAUUUCGGUCCCUACAAAUUCGACGAUAGUACCAUCACCUUUUACUACAGGGCCAGUUCAGAAUUAGGAAGUGAUUUCAAUUCUGGGAUUUUGCCACUUAGCAGCACAUCAAGAUUGACCGGAAAGGUGGAGCUAAUGCUGGUGAUGAAGAAGAAGAAAGCUACCAAUAUGAAUUGCACCAUGGAAGUGAAUAUCGCAACCCAGCAGCUCCAGAAUCUGAAAUGCAAAUGA